AUGUCCACAACAAGCUACAGCAAACAACUCGUCGAAUCCCUUCUCACCAACUGGGAAAACCGUCAAAGCUGCACUGAUCAUCAAAUUCAAACUCAACUUCAACUCCUCUCCGAAACCAAACAAAAAUGUCUCGACCAAAUUCAACACGACACUGACAUGCUCAUCAAAAUGCUUCAAGAAAGAGCAAGAGUAUUAACCAGUGAGCUCCAAGAAAAAUCAGAAGAGAAGAGAAUUGAAUUGGAGGACUUAUUGAAAGAAAAGACAGAAUUGAAAAAAUUGUUAAAGAUCCAUGAUAGUGCCUCUUCGAAUGACGUUGACGUUGCUAUUGAAGAAGUCGUUGAUGAAAGUGUUCUCAAGAAAGUACAAGAUUUUACUCAAUCCAAACUUGUUGAAAAUCUUGAAAAUUACCACAAAUUCAGUGUUCCAUCUUUGGAUGCCACUCUCUUCAGUGACUUGUUGUUGAACAAAUUUGGAAAAUUGACAAUUCCUGCAGCAUGUAUCAAGACAAGAAUUUCAUCUCCUACUUUGAGUUCCAAUAAUGGGGUGAUUACCACAAGUUCAGCACCUUCCAUUGUCACAAGUUUGGAACGAAGACCUCGAAAUGCCUCUUUCAUGAGAUUACCUGUCAACAAUCAACCAUCGACCUCUACUACCAAUUCAUCAUCAUCGAAGAGAAUGAGUGUCACAGCUGCCUUGUCUCCUCUUGCAUCCUCUUCUCCAAGAACAUCUCUCUCAUCUCCAACUGGAAGUGGAAACGGUGCCGGAUUUUCACAAACUGUUCUUCGUUUUGAAGACAAAAUUAAGGAAUCGUACGAACGAAUGAGACAAUCCCCUGAAAUUUCUUUCAUCACCAUGGAGUACGAUGAGAAGGAUCAAAAAUUCCUCAAAUUCAGUAAGGAUGGUGCAAAAAUUGAUGAACUACUUCAAGAAAUGACUCCAGAAAAAUCUCUUCAUGCCAUUGUCAAAGUUGGAGCCAUUGAAUUCGAUGAUGUAAAGAGAGACAAGUAUGUUGGAGUGACUUUUAUUGGAGAGAAAACGAAACUACUUCGAAGAGGAGCCAUUACAGCAAAUAUUAAUGUCGUGAUGGCACAAUACGGAUUGACAGUGUGUGUUCAUGUGAAGGAUGUGGAUAGUGUGAAAAAGGAUAUUCUUGAAAAAUUGCAAGCAAGUGCUGGAAUGAAUCGACCACGAGAAUAUUCUUUUUAUAAUUAA